UGCCAGGAUCGUGGCCGAAGUCCUCCUCAUGUGGCGCCGCUUGUGUCCUCGCUCUGAAAUGGCCUGUCACCUCACACUGCAGAGCGGGCAAGUCUUUAACUGGCGUCAAGUCCAGGCGCAGUGGGUUGGCGUCAUCCAGCGUCACGUCAUCGCACUCCGUGAGGCCGACGCGGCGAUCGAGUACACGUGCUUGCACGCGCCUCCGCUGCAAUCCAAGGACGACGACGUCCACGCACUUGUCUCGUCCUACUUUCGCAUCGAUGACAACCUCGACGCACUCUACGCGUCGUGGAUGAAGCCCAACGACAAGUUCUCGCCGGCCUUUGCGUCGCUGCCCGGGCUCCGCCUCAUUCGGCAGGACCCCCUCGAGUGCCUCUUUUCGUUCAUUUGCUCGUCCAACAACAACAUUGCGCGCGUCACGCAGAUGCUCGAGAAACUACGCGCGCGCUUUGGCGACGAGCUCCUGACCCACGACGGCACACCGCUGCAUGCCUUCCCGACCCUCGCGCAGCUGACGGCCAUCCAAGAGGCCGAGCUGCGCACGCUUGGGUUCGGCUACCGCGCCCAGUACAUUGUCAAGUCGGCGCAGAUACUCCACGACCUCGGGGGCGAAGACUACUUGCAGACGCUUCGUGCGAACGCGGACGCGGCCGCCGUCCAGAGGUCGCUGACGCAGUUUGCCGGCGUCGGGCGCAAGGUCGCCGACUGCAUCGCGCUCUUCUCGCUCGAGAAGCUCGAGGCGAUCCCGGUUGAUACGCACGUGUGGCAAAUCGCUUGCCGCGACUUUCACGCCAAAGCGCACAAGAGCUUGACGCCGACCGUGUACGCCCAAGUCGGCAAGCUGUACCAAGACCGGUUCACUCCGUACGCGGGGUGGGCGCAUAGGUUCGACCUUGGAAGACGUCGCCACCUAUGA